GCCCCCAGGGCACGGGGCCAUGUACAACGGGAUCGGGCUGCCGACGCCCCGGGGCAGCGGCACCAACGGCUACGUCCAGCGCAACCUGUCCCUGGUUCGGGGCCGCCGCGGUGAGCGGCCUGACUACAAGGGCGAGGAGGAACUGCGGCGCCUGGAGGCUGCCCUGGUGAAGCGGCCUAAUCCUGACAUCCUGGACCACGAGCGCAAGCGGCGCGUGGAGCUGCGAUGCCUCGAGCUGGAGGAAAUGAUGGAAGAGCAGGGGUACGAGGAACAGCAAAUUCAGGAAAAAGUGGCGACCUUUCGACUCAUGCUGCUGGAGAAGGAUGUGAACCCGGGGGGCAAGGAGGAGGCUCCAGGGCAGAGGCCUGUUGUAACUGAGACCCACCAGUUGGCUGAAUUGAAUGAGAAGAAGAAUGAGCGGCUGCGGGCUGCCUUUGGCAUUAGUGAUUCUUAUGUGGAUGGCAGUUCCUUUGACCCCCAGCGUCGAGCUCGGGAGGCUAAACAGCCAGCUCCAGAGCCCCCCAAACCUUACAGCCUUGUCCGGGAGUCCAGCAGUUCUCGCUCACCAACCCCAAAGCAGAAGAAGAAGAAAAAGAAGAAAGACAGAGGACGCAGGUCAGAGAGUAGCUCCCCUCGCCGGGAGAGGAAGAAGAGCUCUAAGAAGAAGAAACACAGGUCAGAAUCAGAGUCCAAGAAGCGGAAGCAUAGGUCUCCUACGCCAAAGAGCAAGCGUAAAUCUAAAGACAAGAAGCGGAAACGGUCUCGAAGUACAACCCCAGCCCCCAAGAGCCGCCGAGCUCACCGGUCUACUUCUGCUGACUCAGCUUCCUCCUCUGAUACGUCGCGCAGUCGGUCUCGAAGUGCUGCAGCAAAAACCCAUGCUACUGCCCUGACUGGGCGUAGCCCUUCCCCUCAGUCAGGGCGCCAAGGGAAGGGAGAUGCACCUUGCGGGGAAUCUGGUUCCACCAACCCUGGGCAGCCGAGUAGCCCAGAGCCCUCCACAAAGCCGAUGAGGAGCCCUUGUGAAGACAAAGACAAAAAUGAGAAAUCUGCAGCUCGACCUAGCCCCUCCCUGGAGAGGAGCAGCACAGGCCCAGAACCGCUCCUUGCUGAGCAGCAUGGCAGCUCCCCACCACCCCUUGCAGCACCCCCCUUAAGUCAGGAGCCAGUGAACCCCCCAGCUGAGGCCUCCCCAACCCGGGGCCGUUCACCACCUAAAUCUCCUGAGAAGCUUCCCCAGUCGUCUUCCUCAGAGAGCUGUCCACCAUCCCCUCAACCUACCAAAAUUUCGCGGCAUGCCAGCUCUUCCCCCGAGAGCCCAAAACUUGCACCAGCCCUUGGGUCCCGCCGAGAGAUUUCCUCUUCUCCCACCUCAAAGAGUCGCGUGCAUGGCAGAGCAAAGCGGGAUAAAUCACAUUCACCUAGUCCUUCCCGUAGGCUGGCAAGGUCCCGUAGCCCUGUUGCCACCAAGAGGGGGAGAUCCCGGUCUCGGAGCGCUGCCAAGAAAGGCCAGUCUCGGUCCCGGUCCCCUCAGUGGCGUAGGUCUCGUUCUGUGCAGAGAUGGGGGCGCUCUAGAAGCCCCCAGCGACGUGGCCGCUCUCGAUCUCCUCAGCGCCCAGGUUGGUCCAGGAGCAGAAAUACCCAGAGAAGAGGCAGGUCUAGGUCAGGAAGGAGGGGCAGGUCACAUUCUCGGUCUCCAGCCAACCGGGGCAGGUCUCGGUCUAGAACCCCUGCCCGGCGGGGCAGGUCCCGGUCUAGAACCCCUGCCCGGCGGAGAUCUCGAUCCAGAACCUCAACCAGACGGAGGUCCCGUUCUAGAACACCAGCCCGGCGGGGUAGGUCUCGUUCUAGAACUCCUGCUCGACGGAGGUCUAGGACGAGAUCACCCAUACGGCGCAGGUCUCGUACUAGAUCGCCAGCCAGGAGAGGGGGCAGAUCACGCUCUAGAACCCCAGCCAGAAGAGGCAGGUCAAGAUCUAGAUCGCCACCGAGGCGCAGUGGCAGGUCUCACUCUAGGACACCAACCCGGCGAGGGAGGUCUCGUUCUAGGACACCAGCAAGGCGAGGGAGGUCCCGUAGUAGAAGUCUAGCUAGGCGAGGAAGGUCUCACUCUAGAAGCCCACAAAGAAGAGGCAGGUCUGGCUCAUCAGAACGGAAGAACAAGGCCAGAACAUCUCAGAGAAGGAGCAGGUCCAACUCUAGCCCAGACGUGAAAAGGUCUCGCAUCUCUUCACGGCGUAGCAGGUCUCUCUCUUCACCAAGACCCAAAGCAAAAUCUCGCUCGUCUUUGAGGCGAAGCCUUUCAGGGUCCUCUCCAUACCCUAAACAGAAGUCGCAGACGCCACCAGGACGUAGCCGCUCAGGAUCAUCUCAGCCUAAAGCAAAAUCGAGAACACCCUCGAGACGAAGUCGUUCUGGUUCUUCACCUCCUACACAGACCUCUGGACCACCACCAAGGCAGACAUCUGCAGCCAGUCCCCAGGCAGUCGAACAGUCUGCAACUCCACAGAGGCGGAGUCGAUCUGGGUCAUCUUCCCAACCUGGAGCCAAGUCUACACCACCCAGGCAGAGCCGUUCCAGAUCCCCAGCAGACAUGGAGGGGAACUUCCCUCCACAGCCCAAAGCGAAGGUGAUGACUUCACCAAGACGAAGCCAUUCUGGCUCCUCUUCUCCAAGUCCUAGUAGGGUGACUUCUAGAACACCACCAAGGCAAAGUAGAUCAGUGUCACCCUGCUCCAAGAUGGAAUCUAGAUUGUUGCCAAGACAGAGCCAUUCUAGGUCCUCCUCGCCAGAUACCAAAGUGAAACCUGAAACACCACCGAGACAAAGUCACUCGGGGUCUAUGUCACCAUGCUCCAAAGCCAAGCUACCAACUUCACCGAAGCAAUGUCUUACUGGAGCAAAGUCACCAGGUCCACAAGAGAGCUUUAAAGACUUAGCAGCACCAAGUAGCUUUAGUGAGAGUGGCCUAGGCCCCUCCCUGCUGCAACAGAAAGAACAAUCUCCAACCCUGCCAGACCACCCAUCUGAAGUUUCAAGUCCAGGAGGGGGACAGGGUCCCUAUGAAUCGCUAUCUCUGCUGUGCAAAUCUCAAACAUCUAAGGGUAGUCGGUCCAGGUCCUCCUCUCCAAUAGCUGAUCAAACACCGAAACCUUCCACAAGUCCUGGCCUGAGAUCAGGUACUUCUCCUGAGCAGAGAGCUCAGUCUGACUCCCUGCACCCUGGACUGAACUUUAAAUCUCUUCUGAUGCAGAGUACGUCAGCCUCUGCUCCAGAACCAAAAGAGCAAGUGAAUUUACACCCUUGGGAGCAUGCAUCCUUCCCUAUACCAUCAUCUCCUUCCGUGCAGGCUGGACCCAUGCCCUCAGCAGUGCUCGGAGAAGCACCUACAACCCCCCCAACCAGGGAAACAAGUGGCCUUGUGCCAUCUCCAGCGAAAACAGGCCAGACGAGUGUAUUAGCUAAAGCCAGCCACGAUGAGGAGUCAAUGGAGGUGGUUGAGAAAGCUGAAGAAGACUCAAACCAGAUCCUACCCCACUUGUCUCCAGAACUGAAAGAGGUAGAAGAAAGAUGUGCUGAGCCUGUACCUCUUGACCAAGGCUCCUUGCAGGCCUCUCGGGGGUCAGAAGUCGUUCCUGCAGUGGCCUCAGCUUGGGUUGGGUCACACUUUUCUCCAGAGCAUCAGGAACUGACUGUUCCUCCACCUAGGGAGGAUAGCUUCAGAUCAACACUAGAGUUUAGGAAUUCAGGCUCUGUUACUACAGAAGUGAGUACUGGAUUGUCUUCUGAGAAUAAAGAUGUGAAUGGACCUUUCCAUAAUCCUCUGGAGGCAGACGCAUCUCUAGAAGGGAAAGGACAAUCCACAAAACCCUCUGGGCACAGCGUUUCUACCUUGUCCCCAGAGGAAGCAGAAAAGGCAGGAAUAUUGCAUCAGAGUGGGUCUUCUCCUGUGCUUGAUGCUCUACCAAGAACACCCUCAAGGGAAAGUAGUUCUGUGUCUUCUCCUGAAGUAAAAGACGGCUUACCCAGAACCCCAACUCAGAGAAGCAGGUCUGGGACCCCGUCUCGGCACAGCCUGUCUGGGUCCUCUCCCGGAACAAAAGAUGCACCCGGGACGCCAUCCAGGGGCAGAAGUGAGUGUGAUUCUUCUCCAGAACCAAAGGUACUGCCCCAGACUCCCAGGGCAAGGAGCCGUUCUCCAUCAUCCCCAGAGCUCAACAGCAAAUGUCUCACCCCCCAGAGGGAGAGGAGUGGGUCCGAGUCAUCAGUUGAGCAGAAAGCCUUGUCCAGGACCCCCCUUGGGCAGAGAAGCCGGUCUGAAUCUUCUCAAGAGUUGGAUAGGAAGCCCAGUGCUUCCCCUCAGGAGCAGAGUGGCUCGGACUCUUCUCCAGAUUCUAAAGCCAAGCUUAGAGCUCCACUCAGGCAGAGGGGCUGCUCGGGGUCCUCCCCAGAGGUAGAGGGCAAAGCUCAUCCUUCUCCCCGGCGCAGCAGGUCUGGUUCCUCCCCUGAAAUCAUAGAGAAGCCAAGAGUGGCAACCAGGGCACAGAGUGGUUCUGACUCCUCUCCAGAACCCAAACCACCUGCUCAGCGGGCGCUGCCUAGACGGAGCCGGUCAGGCUCCUCCAGCAAGGACCGUGGCCCUUCACCAGAUGGCAGCAGCAGUUCUGCGUCAUCUCCAGAGCGCCCACUCACAUCCAGAGCCACUCGAAGGGGCUGUAGGUCCUCCCCAGAGCUCAAGACAAAGUCCCGUACACCACCUCGUAGGCGCGGCUCUCGUUCCUCUCCAGAGCUGACCAGAAAAGCCAGGCUCUCCAGGAGAAGCCGUUCGGCCUCCUCCUCACCUGAGGCACGCUCUAGAACGCCCCCGAGGCGCCGCAGGAGCCCCUCAGUGUCCUCCCCAGAACCAGCUGAGAAGUCAAGGUCCUCCCGCCGGCGGCGGUCCGCCUCAACCCCACGCACCAAAACUACUUCCCGGAGAGGCCGGUCUCCUUCUCCAAAGCCUCGUGGGCUCCAGCGGUCCCGUUCCCGUUCCCGUAGAGAGAGAGCCAGGGUGGCCCGGCGGCGUGAUCGAUCCGGGUCAUCACAGUCCACCUCUCGGAGGAGAAGGCGUAGCCGAUCAAGGUCUCGGGUGACUCGUCGCCGGAGGGGCGGCUCUGGCUACCAUUCCAGGUCACCUGCCCGGCAGGAGAGUUCCCGAACCUCCUCCCGACGCCGCAGAGGCCGCUCAAGGACUCCCCCGACUAGCCGGAAGCGUUCCCGCUCUCGCACAUCACCUGCCCCAUGGAAACGUUCCAGGUCUCCAGCCACUCAUCGACGGUCAAGGUCCAGAACACCCCUGGUCAGCCGACGGAGAUCCCGUUCUCGCACCUCACCAGUCAGUCGGCGGCGGUCAAGGUCCAGAGCAUCAGUGACUAGGCGCAGAUCCCGGUCCAGAGCAUCCCCGGUGAGUCGCAGACGAUCUAGGUCCAGAACACCACUGUUGACCCGCCGACGGUCAAGGUCUAGGACCCCAGCGACGCGCCGACGUUCCCGUUCCAGAACGCCGCUGGUGACUCGCAGGAGGUCCAGGUCUCGGACCCCUCUAUUGACUCGAAGGCGUUCUCGAAGCAGGACCUCACCAGUCACACGCAGAAGGUCAAGGUCGAGAACCUCCCCAGUCCCACGGAGACGAUCUCGCUCUCGCACAUCUCCAGUCCCAAGAAGGCGAUCCCGCUCACGCACCUCACCAGUAACACGUCGCCGCUCUAGGUCUCGCACACCACUGCUGGCGCGCAAACGCUCACGCAGUCGCUCACCACUUCUCAUCCGCCGCCGCUCUAGAUCUCGCACCCCACGCGCCACUCGGGGCAAGCGCUCCCUGACAAGGUCUCCUCCAGCCAUCCGCCGACGUUCUGCUUCAGGAAGCAGCUCUGAUCGCUCUCGGUCAGCCACUCCUCCAGCCACAAGAAACCAUUCUGGAUCUCGGACGCCCCCUAUGGGGCUUAGUGGUUCCAGAAUGAGCUGCUUCAGCCGACCCAGCAUGUCACCAAAUCCUCUAGACCGCUGCAGGUCCCCUGGAAUGCUUGAGCCCAUGGGCAGCUCGAGAGCAUCUAUGUCCGUCUUGCAGCAGACAGGUGGCUCAAUGAUGGAUGGGCCAGGGCCCCGGAUUUCUGACCAUCCGAGAACCUCAUCUGUGCCUGAAAACCAUGCUCAGUCUAGGAUCGCACUGGCCCUGACGGCCAUCAGCCUUGGCACCGCUAGGCCACCCCCGUCCAUGUCUGCCGCAGGCCUUGCUGCCAGGAUGUCCCAGGUGCCUGCCCCGGUGCCUCUCAUGAGCCUCAGAACAGCACCAGCUGCCAGUCUUGCCAGCAGAAUCCCCGCAGCCUCUGCUGCAGCUAUGAACUUGGCUAGCGCCCGAACACCUGCCAUCCCAACCGCUGUGAAUCUGGCUGACUCUCGCACACCAGCCGCCGCCGCUGCCAUGAGCCUGGCCAGCCCUCGAACAGCAGGAACCCCUUCAGCCGUGAGCCUUGCUGACCCACGUGCUCCUGCAGCCUCUGCAGUGAACUUGGCCGGCGCCAGAACCCCAGCGGCAUUGGCAGCCCUGAGCCUUGCAGGCUCUGGCACAGCCCCAGCAGCUGCAAGCUAUCCUUCCAGCUCCAGGACACCCCAGGCUCCAUCCCCUGCAAACCUGGUGGGCCCCAGGUCCACACAUGCCGCAGCUCCAGGGACUAUUGCCAGCUCAAGAAGCUCAGCGGCCAUGGCCCCCGCCAACCUCACCAGUGCUAGGAUGGCCCCUGCCCUGUCUGGGGCCAACCUCACCAGCCCAAGGGUGCCCCUCUCUGCCUACGAGCGUGUCAGUGGCCGCACCUCGCCCCUGCUCCUUGACCGAGCCCGGUCACGCACACCACCUCCGCUUGCCCCAAGCCAGUCACGUGGGCCUUCCGAGCACGCAGCCUCUCCUGCUUCCAGAGCUGGCCAUCUAGCCUCACAGGCGCUCCCCACAGCCCAGGAACGGCCCAGGUCCCCUGGCCUAGUUGCCCUCUCUGACCAGUCCCGGCCCAUGCCUACCCCCAUAGCUGGGUGUCAGGCCCUCUCCAUCACUGGGGCAAAGGCUGCAGCCUCUGGUGACCACAACGGCAUGCUCUCGGCCUCCAUCUCUGGGGUCUUCCACCCUGAGGCUGGGGAGCUACCAGCCUCUAGCGGGGUUCCACAGCCCUCGGCUCUGAGCGUCCUACAGCCCACUAAGGAGCGACGUAGCUCCUCGUCAUCAUCGUCGUCCUCCAGCUCAUCGUCAUCAUCCUCAUCAUCGUCCUCGUCUUCCUCAUCCUCUGGCUCCAGCUCCAGCGACUCUGAGGGCUCCGCCAUGCCCGUGCAGCCUGAGCCUACCCCAAAGAGCGGACAACUAGAGGAAAUGGACUUAAUUUUACAGCAGGAGGGAUGGCAGUUAGACCUCAAGAGGAACUCCCUGGGCUGGAAGGAACUUCAGAGGGUCCCCAGCCCUGUUCCAGCCCCAAAAGAGGCUGUUCGAGAGGGCCGCCCCCAGGAGCCAACUCCAGCCAAAAGGAAGAGGCACACCAGCAGCUCCAGUUCCUCCUCUAGCUCCUCGUCUUCUUCAUCCUCUUCGUCAUCCUCCUCCUCUUCCUCCUCCUCCUCCUCAUCCUCGUCCUCCUCCUCCUCUUCCUCUUCCUCCUCCUCCCCUUCCCCUGCUAAGCCUGGUCCUCAGGCUUUGCCUAAACCUGCAAGCCCCAAGAAGGCCCCCCCUGGCGAGAGAAGCCUUCCCCGUCUCCCUGCUCCACGCCACCCUCUUCCACACCUAGCCUGAGCGAGCUCUAAAACGCACAUCGGGCUCCUUCCCUCCACUCCACACGCCCUUCCCGGACGCCCUGUGGCCUGCAGGACAAAGCCCCACCUCCGCGGGGAUGGCUCCUCAGCAGCGGCCUUGCCACCCUGUGCGCCCCCGGCUCCUCAGCCUGCCCCCCACGCCCUGCAGUGCAGGGGCCACCCUGCUCCCUGGCCCAUGCCUUUGGACAUGCAGAUCCUCGGCCUGGACGUCCCUUGUCCGCUGGUGGACACCUCGGUCUCAAGACUCCGCCCAGACAACACCUCCAAGACGGCUGCCCACCCCCCUCCCGACCCUCCAGACCCACAACAGCCCCCCUCGUACAGGGGCUGUCCCCUCACACAUGGGCAAAACCUGCCCUUUUGUUGUCCCACCUCCUCAAGGGCAGGGCCUGUCUGCCUCUGCCUCCCCCGCUGCACCCUCAUGCCCCCCCACAUCCCCGUGCCCGACCUCGGGCGCUUGGAUAGUGUGCUGGUGGACGGGUGAGUGAGCACGCACAGGUGGGUCUGAGGCUGCCCCAAGUGGCGCCAGGUGUGGUGACCAGGACCUGGGUGGGUGGUCUUGUGUGCUAUGCUGGCUGCGGGUUCAGAGUGGCCUGGUACUAUUGGGGACUUGCUCUGCCCCCCAGGUCUCGAAGCCCUCGGAAGCCUAUAGACUCCCUCCGGGACUCUCGUUCCCUCAGCUAUUCACCUGCAGAGCGUCGCCACCCGUCGCCACAGCCC